AUGUAUUUUUGGAUAAAGCCUUUCGAGCCUUACGCCCAUUUUAAAACCAUAUCAACUCGUCCCCGGGCGAGGAUGGCGACCCCGGACCAGAAGUCGCCCAACGUCCUGCUGCAGAGCUUGUGCUGCCGGAUCCUGGGCAGGAGCGAAGCCGACGUGGCCCAGCAGUUCCAGUAUGCCGUGCGCGUCAUUGGCAGCAACUUUGCCCCAACUGUUGAAAGAGAUGAAUUUCUAGUAGCUGAAAAAAUCAAGAAAGAACUGACGCGGCAGAGACGAGAGGCGGACGCGGCGCUGUUCUCAGAACUCCACAGGAAGUUGCAUUCCCAGGGAGUUUUGAAAAACAAAUGGUCAAUUCUCUACCUCCUGCUAAGCCUCAGUGAAGACCCACGCAGGCAGCCGAACAAGGUCUCCAGCUAUGCCGCGCUGUUCGCUCAGGCGUUACCACGCGAUGCCCACUCCACGCCCUACUACUACGCCCGGCCGCAGACCCUGCCCCUGAACUACCAGGAGCGCAGCACCCCGUCGGCCCAGAGCUCGGGCAGCCUGGGCAGCAGCGGCAUCAGCAGCAUCGGCGUGCACACCCUCAAUGGCCCGCCCCCGCCGCCCCCGUCCCUGCUCCCGGGACAGUCUCACCCGGGCCCAGGGAUGGGCGACUGUCUCCGGCAGCAGCUGGGCGCCCGUCUGGCGUGGACGUUGACUGCAAGCCAGCCUUCCUUACAAACCACUACCUCCAAAGGCGUCCCCAGCGCGGCUUCCCGCAACGUGACGCGGCCGCGGAGAGAUGGGGAUACAGGUGGUGCUGUGGAGGUCACUGAGGCAGCCCUUGUGAGAGACAUUCUGUACGUCUUCCAGGGCAUAGAUGGCAGGAACGUCAAGAUGAGUGCUGCUGACAACUGUUACAAAGUGGAGGGGAAGGCAAAUCUGAACAAAUCCUUGAGGGAUACAGCUAUGAGGCUGGCUGAGUUGGGGUGGCUGCACAAUAAAAUCAGAAAGUACACCGACCAGAGAAGUCUGGACCGUUCGUUUGGACUUGUUGGCCAGAGCUUCUGUGCGGCCUUGCACCAGGAACUCAAGGAGUACUACCGGUUACUCUCCGUUCUGCACUCCCAACUGCAGUUGGAGGACGAUCAGGGUGUGAACUUGGGCCUCGAGAGCAGCUUGACACUCCGGCGCCUCCUGGUGUGGACCUACGACCCCAAGAUAAGACUGAAGACCCUGGCGGCCCUGGUGGACCACUGCCAAGGAAGGAAGGGAGGCGAGCUGGCCUCGGCUGUCCACGCCUACACCAAGACCGGGGACCCGUCCAUGCGGUCGCUGGUGCAGCACAUUCUCAGCCUGGUGUCGCACCCCGUCCUGAGCUUCCUGUACCGCUGGAUCUACGACGGCGAGCUGGAGGACACGCACCACGAGUUCUUCGUGGCGUCGGAUCCGACUGUGAAGACGGACCGGCUGUGGCAUGACAAAUACACGCUGCGCACGUCCAUGAUCCCAUCCUUCAUGACGAUGGACCAGUCCCGGAAGGUCCUUCUGAUAGGAAAGUCGAUAAAUUUCCUGCACCAGGUGUGUCACGACCAGACCCCCCCCACAAAGAUGAUCGCCGUGACCAGGUCUGCGGAGCCCCUGCAGGAUGCUGCAGACUUAUUCACAGAUUUGGAAAAUGCGUUUCAGGGGAAAAUUGACGCAGCUUAUUUUGAGACCAGCAAGUACCUCCUGGACGUCCUGAGCAGGAAGUACAGCUUGCUGGACCACAUGCAGGCUGUGCGCCGGUACCUGCUGCUCGGCCAAGGGGACUUCAUCCGGCACCUGAUGGACUUGCUCAAGCCAGAGCUUGCCCGUCCGGCUACGACUCUGUACCAGCACAACUUGACUGGAAUUCUGGAGACCGCCGUCAGAGCCACCAACGCCCAGUUUGACAGCCCAGAGAUCCUCAAGCGACUGGACGUGAGGCUGCUGGAGAUCUCUCCGGGGGACACCGGCUGGGACGUGUUCAGCCUGGACUACCAUGUGGACGGCCCCAUCGCCACUGUGUUCACUCGAGAGUGCAUGAGCCACUACCUGCGGGUGUUCAACUUCCUGUGGCGGGCCAAGCGGAUGGAGUACAUCCUCACGGACAUCCGGAAGGGGCACAUGUGCAAUGCCAAGCUCCUGAGAAACUUGCCAGAGUUCUCCGGGGUGCUGCACCACUGCCACAUCCUGGCAUCCGAGAUGGUCCACUUCAUCCACCAGAUGCAGUAUUACAUCACCUUUGAGGUGCUUGAGUGCUCCUGGGACGAGCUGUGGAACCAGGUGCGGCAGGCGCAGGACUUGGACCACAUCAUCGCCGCGCACGAGGCCUUCCUGGGCACCGUCAUCUCCCGCUGCCUGCUAGACGCUGACUCCAGGGCUCUUCUCAACCAGCUGAGAGCCGUGUUUGACCAGAUUAUUGAGCUUCAGAGCACGCAGGAUGCCAUCUGCAGGGCCGCCGUGGAGGAGUUGCAGAGACGCCUGCAGUUUGAGGACAAGAAGAAGCAGCGGGAAGCUGAGGGCCAGUGGGGCGUGACAGCAGCAGAGGAGGAGCAGGAGAACCAGAGGGUCCAGGAGUUCCGGGAGUCCAUCCCGAAGAUGUGCUCCCAGCUGCGGAUUCUGACCCACUUCUACCAGGGCGUGGUACAGCAGUUCCUGGUGCUGCUGACGACCAGCCCCGAUGAGAGCCUGCGCUUCCUGAGCUUCAGGCUGGACUUCAACGAGCACUACCGUGCACGGGAGCCACGGCUGCGCGUCUCCCUGGGCGCCCGGGGCCGGCGCAGCUCCCACACCUGA